AUGUCACCUACAAAACAGAACAUCCUCUUCCUCACGAGCCCAGAACACGGACAGUCCAACGUCGCACUCGCAGUGGCCGAGGAAUUUCUACACCGCGGCGAGUUCGAAGUCCACAUCGCCUCCUUCAAGCAAUUAUCGACUCGCGUGCAAGCAAUAAAUGACAAAGCAGAGUACGACCAGGUUAUCCAUUUCCAUCCAAUUGCAGGCCUGUCAGUGGCCGAGAUCGUGGCACGUACAAAAUCGGGACUGGAUGCCGCUCGUAGUACUGACGCGCGAAUCGUGAUCCUCUGGCCUGUGACUUUGAAAGAUGUGGUCGCAACCGUCCAGCCCAAAGCUGGCAUGUUGUGGAAAUACCCGAUUACCGGUUCGGGAUAUCCGUAUCCCCUGCCAUGGAGACUGAUCCUUGCAAAUAUAUACAUGGUAUUUUGUUUCGUGUUUAUCGUUCACUUGGGCAAACCCAUGCGCCGUCUUCUGGAUAUUCGGAAGAAAGCUGGUAUCCGGACGGCUUUUCCACACGUCGCGCCUUACUGCGAAGACCAUCUGCAUCUCUCGCCUGCAUUCCGAGAGAUGGAUUUUCCGUUAUACGUCCCGGAUAAUGUGGUCAGCUGCGGUCCGAUACUCCGCACAUAUUCGUCACUUGCAGAUAGCGAUCCGACACUGGAUUCAUGGUUGAAGGAGCCAACGAUUCUGAUAUGUCUUGGGUCACACGUUCAAGCUCCGGAAAACGAUGCAAUGGAGAUGACGGUGGCCAUCCAGGCUGUUUUGCGCGAGUUUCCUAAUAUGCAGGUCUUGUGGAAGCUCGCUUAUGACUGGGAAAGCUCACCGACUGUCAAGAAUAUUCUCGAGCCUCUUGUCAAGUCUGAUAAAGUGAGGACCUUUCCAUGGAUCAAGCCAGAGAUUAUAUCUGUUUUGGAAGGUGGUAAUAUAGUUGCAUAUGCCCACCAUGGAGGAGCAAACUCAUUCUUCGAGGCGUGCAAGUAA